AUGCAGGCCAUCAUCGGAAUCACCUUCCUCAACCUUGCUGUCGUCCUCGCCAGCUUCAUCGGCAACUUCAUUGUGGCUGUUAUCACCUUCGCCCGCCAAGAGAUUGACUGGUCCACAUUUCUCACGAUGACCGAUGGAAUACCGUGUUCGAUCCUGAUAGGGUUGUGCCAGCAGGCCAAUUAUGGUUACCAGGCCUACGCCUUUUGGGUCAUGUCAGAUUCGCUCAGGGCUCUCGACUGCCCGCUUGCUUGGGUAGCUAAGGCGAUGGCCAUUUACUACAUUGUGGUCGCUUCGGUGGGCUCUUUCCUCACCCUGCUGACAUGGUGUGCGUCAGGUCUUAAGAAAGUUCUCGAAGGAUUUGCCAUGGUCCUCGCAUCUGCCCCGAACCCGAACCCGAACCCGAACCCGAACCUCAAUUACGUGAACAACCAAUUCCCGAACCACAACCAAGCCGCAGUCAACAACCAAGCCGCGAAUGCCAAUGGCAACCCUGGCUACUGGAUAGAGAUGCAUCCCGUGGGUUACGGGCCUGGUCAGGAAGGUAUGGACGCGGGAAUCCUACCUUGA